AUGCGGACCUCCCUCCUGUCGCUCCCCGACGAGCUCCUCGACCUCGUCGUCGACCAAGCGCUCGGCGAGUACGCGCCGAGGCUGUACAAGGAGCGUCAAGAUACCUGUCGGGCCCUGUCGCUCGUCAACAAGCGCGUCGGCGCCAUCGCCCAGCCCAAGCUCGUCGAGGUCGUGCACGCCGUUGUGUACACGCCGCUCGGCUUCCGGGCCCAGCUCAAGCCUGAGCAGGUCCCUCGGCGCAACUGCGUGCGGACGCUGUGGCUCGACGGCGUCGGCCUGAACGGUUCAGUCAAUGGCUUCCUGUCGUUCGCCGCCGUUCGCGACCUGCGGCUCACGGUCUUUCGGGAAGUCCGCCUCGAGGACUUCGGCCUACUACCAGAAAUCCGCACGCUCGUCCUCGCGCAGGGCCACUUCUCGAGCAACAAGCCCUUGGUCGCGCCCAAGCUCGAGCGGCUCGUCCUGUACCAAUGCAGCCAUUCGAGACCCCCGCGCCAGAACGAGGGCUUCACUGCCGCAGGCUGCCCCUCGCUCCGGCACCUGUACCUCGACGUGUCGCACGACGGGCGACCCUGGCCAUGCUCGCAAGACCUACUCGACCAGGUCGACACCCUCGGCUCGCCCCUCACGGAUGCACUUCGUGUGAGGAGGUCGAGCCACAGCGCCCUCAUCGUCUCGGGCAGCGUGGCGCUCGACAAGGUGCUCUUCGAUCUCGACUUCAUGGACGGCGUCCCGGACCAGCCCGCAUCCCGAGUCCGGCAUCUUCGCGUGCAUGCCGACUCGGACACAUGGCCGUCGGACUGGGCCAGGCUCGCCGACAACCUCGUCCACCGUUUCCCCUCGCUCAAGGCCCUGUACCUCCCCCUCGCCGUCGACGCCUCGCGCGUCAUGCUCGGCCGCCCCGUCCUCGAGGCCGUGCGCAAGCUCGUCGCCAACUGCGAGCGUGCUCGCGUCGUCGUCGUCUACGAGCAUGCGCUCAGCGCAGACGGGCCGGCCGAGGACCGCGCGGCGCCGCACUUCGAGGCGCGCUCCCGGCGCGUCAAGGCCGAGCGAGCGGCGGCGGCGGCGCGACGACGACGAGCGCGACGUCGAGCGGCGCGAGGGCUGUGCGCUGACGGCGGCAUCGUGCGGCAGGACGACGCGAGGGCGGGGCGGGCGUCGUGA